AUGGUCGAUACCGCGCGGCAUGCAGCCGAGAAGUUCUGUCCCAAAUACCGCCACAGCCGCUUGCAGGCUGACAUCAACUCCAGCGGCGGCGACGGUGUCCGUUAUCGUCCUUCCGUCCGCAUGAGCAGAGCGGCCAUCUCGAGGUAUUGUAGCACGCAUAUUCUGGAUAACCUCGGACUGAGGAGAAGGUGCGGCGAGGAAGUCCACCAGCCUCGGAAUGGAGGCUCACACCUGCUGCGAUGGACCGCCGCCAGCGAGGACCUGGCCGAGCAGAGACUGUGGUAUGCCAUGAAUGGCGGCGUCCUCUGA